AUGCUUGCAAGACCGGGUGGUAUUGGACGAGGGAUUCGGGGAGUGAGGCAUCGGAUUUCUAUGGGGAAAAUGAGUGGAAAUGGUGGGCAGCAGGCGAAGGUGCACGAGAAGAGAGAUGAUUGCCGUCCUAGGGACGGGAUGGAGUAUGCUCGAGGAGGUGCCGUCGAUUACAAUCGAGGUCUGGGUAUCGGGAUGGAAUACGGCAAUAGCAACGCUGUUGGCGGAUGCUGCUACUCGUCUCCAGCUACCGACGACGAACACCUCACGCCGUACUCCCUUGUUUUUGGAGGGGGUUGUGGUGCCGAGAGGGGGACGGAAGCGAAGAUCGAAGGGGAGUUUGGUGGAGAACGUGUUGGUCCACGAAUGGCUACGCUGCGGUUAGUGCCUUCGACACCGCAAGAGGAUUGCGACGAUCAUUUGGAUAGAAUUCAAGGCUUGUAUUAG